AGGCGGCCGGUAGCGGAGAAGAUGGCGCAUGUGAUGAAGGAAUAAAAGGAGAUCGCAGACGUUUCCCAGAUCAAGCGUGCGCUCGCAACCGUACGGGGGAGCGAUUACGAUUGUGUCCUUUCGGAGCAAGGGUGCGCUGUUGGAAAUUUAAAGUCGCCAACCAAUCAUAACGCCAACCAAUCAUAACCUCUUAACCGAAAGCCGUGCCCGGUGCAAAGAUGGGUCGGUUUACUGCGGCCUUGGCCGUUGCGAGUUUGGUUGUCCUGGCUUGCGUCCUCCAUGUCGCGGAUGCCAAGGCGCCAUGUCCGUGCGCACCUGGGACGAAGCGCUGCUGUAAGGACGGUCCAUGCGUCAAGUGCUGCAAGGAUUGCGACUGUGGCCCUGGGAAGAAGUGCGUCAAGGGCGAGUGUCAGCCCUCGUGCGGCUGCCCCCCUGGACUGAAGCGCUGCUGCAAGGACGGUCCGUGCGUGAAGUGCUGCAAGGACUGCGACUGUGGCCCCGGGAAGAAGUGCGUCAGGGGAGAGUGCAAGCCCUCGUGCUGCCCCCCUGGAUUGAAGCGCUGCUGUAAGGACGGCCCCUGCGUGAAGUGCUGCAAGGAUUGCGAGUGUCCCAAGGGGCACAAGUGCGUCAACGGACAGUGCAAGUCCCCGUGCGGCUGCCCGACUGGGCUGAAGCGCUGCUGCAAGGACGGUCCCUGCGUGAAGUGCUGCAAGGACUGCGACUGUCCCAAGGGGCAGAAGUGCGUCAGGGGACAGUGCAAGCCCCCGUGCGGCUGCCCGCUCGGACUGAAGCGCUGCUGUAAGGGCGGUCUCUGCGUGAAGUGCUGCAAGCAUUGCGAUUGUCCCAAGGGGCACAAGUGCGUCAACGGACAGUGCAAGCUUCCGUGCUGCCCCAAGGGACAGAAGCGCUGUGUGCCCUACGGUCCGUGCCAGAAGUGCUGCAAGGAUUGUGAGUGUCCCGCCGGGGUGAAGUGUGUCCUGGGAGAGUGCAAGCGCCCUUGCGCAACCGCAACGGUCACACCUCUCGGCAAGUAAGCCAUGGCGGCAUCCAGGGCGCUGGUAGAAGAAAUUUGUUCAGGGACGGUGCAAACCUGCGCGCAGGCAACGAGUAAUGUGGCGCCGCUUUUCCGUUCGCCAGAAGGGCAAAUCCAGGAUAACUACUUUUCCUCAAGCACCACCACUAGUAGAACGGACGAAGCGCUGAGGAUGUCUGCAGUACGCGUUGUUGCGAAUCAGCUUGCUUACCCUAGUACUCUGGUUCAUACGAGGAAACAAUGGGGGACUGCGAACACCGGGAGGCGGGAAUAAGGCAUAGUGCGCAGAGCGGGCUCUACAGCAAUGGUUGAACGAUUUGACAGAUUUAGCGGGUAGGUUUCCAUUGUAGGAAACAAUUGAGGAUCGAGGUUGAUCUGCAUCCGCCAUGAUUGCCACUAGGUUACCGUCUUCAGUUUUCAUGGGUCGUGACAAAAUCGAACUAGGCUCAUCACCGACAGCCGAGCCUCUGAACUUGGGACUGCCAACGCCGGGAUUCGUGGAUAAGGCAUAGUGCAGACGGCAGUGUGCUCUUGGUUUCCCGCAGUCAUGGGUGACCCUCCAUGAGGCUUUGACAUGGCUGUCCGCCGUAAUUGAUUGGUAAAGAGAGGAGUCCGAACCUGUUCCUAUUCUCAGAUUGUUAGCCUUCAGCCCAGCAGAUCGAGCCGGAUCUGCUUUAUUGUUUGCUAACAAUGAAAUCAAUUUCUCAUUUUCGC